GGCGGCUAUCCUAUAGUAAAGGUGUAGCGCCUGCUACACCUUUAAUGUUAGGUGGGUGGGGUGGGUUGUCUACGUAAUUUUUCGUAUACGAAUAGUGUAGAAUAAUACUUACUACUUAGAAAACUAUAGUAACUAUAUGGAAUGUAAAUAAUAGAUUUAUAGAUGUGUUAUUUAUUAAUGCGAUUUAAAAUUAAUACAACUGUUGUGUUUAGAGGUUGUACACGACUACAGAGAUGUCUAUCGCGAUAAGAUUACCAUGGUUUCUUCCACGAUACAAUUCUAAAAAUAGAAUUAUAAGUUUUACUAAUGUCGACAUCGUCGUAGGUACGUCGACGAAGACUGCGACGGCAACGAUGAUAACAACUAACAACAAUUAUCAUUUUCUAUUUAUAUAUUAUUUUCUUUAGCAUUUUACCAUUUAAUAAUAUCUGAUAACCACUAGUCACUAGUCAGUUUUUGUCGUUUUUGACCAUUUUUUGUGUAUCGUUCUGCAUCGUUGUAUUGACACUACGUAUAUAUAUUAUACUGUGACACUGUAUCUAUUAUUUUUUUUCUCUUUUACACCCACAAAUAGGUGAUUUAAGUACCUCCUCAAUGUCCUCAAUUAAUAAUGUAUGUUAUGUAUGUGACUGUGGUAGGAAAAGAGGUUCUAUGAACGAAAAAAAUUGGUUUACACACAAUGAGUUCUGUAAAAUUAAAAAAAAUAAAUUGAGCCACAACAGCAGUAUAAAAAAGUUUUUUUAUUCUGUGAAUUCAAAAUGUGUCGUCUCAAGUGAGUACCUAUUUUAUAAUAUAAUAUUUUACAUAGUAAUAGUUCACUUCAUAAAAAUUAUAUUUUUUUAAAGACCAAGAAAAAAUUACUACGCUUCCAGUGUUACCUAUCCAUAAGGAUAAUGCUCAAAAUGAUGAUUUUAAUGCAAUAGUUAAUCAAAAUCAAGACAAGUUGGAUUAUGAAAAUGAAAUUACAAGUAAACAUGAUGAAGAUCAUGUUAGAAAAAAUAGUAUGGUUAUAGAUACAUUUAAUGAAAAUGAACAUUUAUCAAAUGACCCGGCGACAUUCUGUAUGUUGGAAAAUCUUCCAUCUGAAUUGGUUGAUUUUCUCUUGAAAAAAGGAGUGAUGCAACCUUAUGAGGAAGAUUUACCAUAUGAUAAUUUUAAAAAAGAUAAAAAUGGUCGUAGCUUUCACACUACAUGGUAUUGGAAAGAAAUUCCAGGAAAAAAAAUAUUAAAAGGGAUUGGUUAAGUUAUUCAAUUUUAAGUGAUAAGUUAUUUUGUUUGCAUUGUAUACUUUUUGGCAAAAACUCUCAGAAAGCAUGGACAAAAGAUGGGUUUUCGACAUGGUCGAGAGCAGUAUUGAGUAUUCAACUUCACGAAUCUUCAGAAGCUCAUAUUAAUGCAACAUUAAAAUAUAAACUCAGAAAGAUGUCUCUACCAGUACUGCCAUUACUUCGAGAAAAAGUUAACCAAGAAAAAUCAGAAAAUCGGGAGGUAUUAAGAUGUUUAAUAGACAUAACACUUGUUCUUGCAAAAAAUUGUUUAGCUUUUCGAGGUCACCGCGAAGAUUUUAGGAAAAUAGAAAAAAAUCAUGGAAAUUUUGUGAAUUUCGCUAAAGUGUUAAGUAAACACCUUGUUUAGCAUCUUAUUUUUCUAAACUACAAACUUCUAAAAAACCUGAGGUCAAUUUUUUGUCAAAAUUAAGACAAAAUCAAUUAAUUUCAUGCUGUGCAUCUCAAGUUAAAGAAAUCAUUAAAUUAGAAAUUAAGGAGUCCAGAUUUUUCAGCAUUUCCAUGGAUUCAACUUUUGACUUGUCGAGAAAAGAACAACUAUCAUUUAUUGUCAGAUAUAUUAACUAUGAUGGGAAUAUAUGUGAACGACUUUUGGCACUUAAAGAAUCAGCAAUUACUACUAGUGUUCAGAUUUUUGAUGUAUUCCAAAAUAUUUGUACUGAAUUGUCUCUUGAUUGGGUACAUUUUUUAGUUGGUCAAUCAUACGAUGGUGCUCAGAACAUGAGAGGACAGAACAGUGGACUUCAGGCAUUAAUUAAAGAAAAAUGUCCAUCAGCCACUUAUAUUUGGUGCACUGCUCAUAGGCUCAAUCUAGUAGUAGUUAAAGCAGUAAGUAGUAGCUUAGAUGCUGUGGAUUUAUUUGGAAAUAUGGAGACAUUGUAUAAUUUUAUUUGUGGUAGUAAGAAACGAGUUGCUUACUAUGAAAAAGUACAAAAUGAAUAUUCAGCAGGACAAAGAGGACGUCGAUUGAAAAGAGUUUCUACAACAAGAUGGACUUCUCAAGAUAAUGCUCUUCAAGCUAUUUUAGAAACUUUUGGCUCUGUGAUUGAUACCCUGGAAUAUUCAAGAAACACAGAAGGACGAGAGGAUCAAAGUCUUGGUCAUAUGGCUGGAUGUUUAUUAAGUUAUCUUUUGUCUAAGCGAUUUAUAAUGACUGCAAUGUGGUUCCAAAAGAUAUUUAAUGUAUUGUCACCUCUAAGUACCUUAUUGCAAACUAGAGAUUUAGAUCUUUUAGCAGGAGUGAAUUCUAUAAAUGAUGCUAAAAAAUCAAUACAAAAACUUAGAAAAAAUGACUCUAUUAUGGAACACAUAAGCAACGAAGUAAAUAUUUUCAUAAAGGAAAAUGAUAGUUUUGAAUUUUCUGAAUUUAAAACCACCCGCAUAAGAAAAAAGAAAAGAAUGUCAAAUGAAGAAAAUGUUGAUGAAUGUAUUCAAGACCCCAUUGAGAAAUUUAAAGUAGAAACCGUCUUAGGUUCCUUAGAUGUAAUACUGAGUAAUCUUGAUCAGUAUUUUAAUGACACCACAAUUGGAGUUAUGAAAGAUAUGGCACUUUUCAGUAAGAAACGAAUUAUUGAAAUUAAAAAAAACCCUAAUUCUCUACCAGAUGAUUCAUUUGCAGUUUUUUGUGAAGUUUACGGAACAUUUGUUGAACAAGAAACGUUAAAAUCAGAGUUCCUUAAAUUUUGUAAUGUGUAUGAAUUAUUUGAGAAUACAACUUUUCUACCUGAACAUUUUUACAUUUCUGAUAAAAGUGAUACAGAGAGCAUUUUUUCAUUUGAAGAGGAAACUGAUCAAGAACAGGAACUUGAUUUACCUAAGCGUAAGCAAAUAAAUCCUAUAAAAUAUGUUAGUAGCAUGAAAACUAUUUUCAAAGUGUUCCAAAAUGGUAGUUUAGGAAAUACAUUUCCAUCACUAGAUGCUGCCAUGAGAAUCUCACUGACCAUUCCAUUAUCUAGUGCUUCUACAGAAAGGUCAUUUUCAAAAUUAAAAAUCAUUAAGUCUAGACUUCGCACGACUAUGUCUCAAGCAAGAUUAGAAGACCUUACGGUCAUAAGUUGUGAACAAGAUAUUGUUGAUAAAAUGGAUCAUGAAGAAAUUCUCCACAAGUUUGCAGCCAAUAGUAUUACUUUAACAAAAUAUUUAACUUAAAAAUUUGAUAUACCACAAUUAUACAUUUUGUUAUAAUAUACUUAGUUCUAUACAUUUUUAAUAUUAUAAUUUAAUAUUUGUAAUUUGAGAGAAAAUAUACAAUUUUACAUAAAAUACAUUUAUCAUUAUUCAUUAUAUUAAAGUUUAGUUGGAUGCAAUUUUAUGUAUUGGGUAAAGAUUACUAUGUUAGCGGUUAAGUAUUGCUAUGUAUUUUAUGUAUACAUUAGGUAUUUGAAAAUGCUAAGGUUCUUAUAGCAACAAUAAUCAUGAUGUUAGAGCAUUUAUUUAGUAAAAUUGAGAAGAUCCAAAU